UGUGUGUCUUGCAGAUUCAAUGGGUCCGCCCUGAGGACCCUGAUGUUCCUGGAGAAAGCCCAGUCGAUGGCCAAGGAGAGAGCUCAGAUCUUCUCCCUGUAUGAACAGGGACCCCGGAGAAGGCUCCUUGUUGAUCCUGGAGAUGAGGACGAAGACAACAUCACGCUCAUCCCGGACCAUUUUGGCUUCUUGCGGGAGAAGUCACAGCCCAGGGACAGUGUCCUGGGGACUAAGCAAAGACAGAAGGAUUCCCGGAGACUCCGAAAGUGGGUCAAAAUGUUGGAAAACUAUUGCAAGUACCGCAGCACUGAGAAGGUACUGUGGAAGGGAGCGCCCCCUGGGGACCACACUGAGAAGCACAGGGAUGAGCAGUGUCCUUAGCUGGGCUGGACAUCUCUGCCUCUCAGACACCCGGGCUAACUGUCCUGCCCUGAAGAACAUGGGUCACCUAAACCCCAUGUCCACACAUGCAGGGGACUCUCCUAGGAAACAGGCCAG